AUGUAUCCAUCGAAUCUGGCUCGUCAUCUUGAUCCCCUGGAGCAAAAUAUCCUGGAGCAGCGAGGCGUCUUUGACCUUCCGGAUAGGUCAAUGUGCGAUACCCUCGUGGAGACUUUUUUCACCUGGGUUGCGCCCAUCGUACCCAUCAUAGACCGCCUCGAUUUCAUACGCCACUACCAGGAUCCAACAUCACCUCCUUCACUUCUUUUACUACAUGCCAUGUUCACUGUCGCCUCAAGGUCAUGUUCAUGCGGGAGCCAGGGCACUGGGGUGUCGUCCCCACGGAGUUUUUACAAGAAGGCAAAAGCCUUGUACGAUGCAGGCUAUGAACAAGAUCCAAUUCCGCUCAUCCAGUCAACGCUAUUGCUAGGCCUAUACUGGGAGGGCCCCGAAGGCAUUUAA